CGUCGCUCUUUUGCUCUCCAUUUUGCCUCGUUAUUUCGCUUCGCACCGUGUUUGCGUUCACAACUCUUGUUCGGGUUCUGCAUUUUAUUUUAUUAUUAUUUUUUUUUUGUUUGUUGCUAUUCGGUAAUCCUUCACAUCACAGUCAACCAAUGGGACCAAAUCACUGCGAAUCGAACUGGACACAAUCAGCAUCGGAUCGCAGGGAGCAACAGGAGGUGGUGGAGCAGCAGCAGCAGAAUCAAAAGGCGGCGAAGGAGCGGCCAACAUAGGAGCAGCAACGUCGGCAGCAGCUGCCCACGGCCCCCCUAGGAUGUCUAGCCGGAAGCCGCCUGGAGGAUUUGGAGGAGCUGAUGAAGCCACAGCAGCAGCUGCUCCCCUAGAUGACAAUGCAAAUGCCAGCGUAGAAAUUCCGGUCAGCAGCGGGGAGCCAACAACGGGCGUCGUCGAAGAGCUGCCCGCCAUUAUCAAAACAGAUACAACAACGUCGCCAGCGCACGCGAUUGAGGAGUUAAAAGCAACACCAGAUGUAGAUGGUGAAAAGGAUCAGGAUGCCAAGGAGUCGAAUCCAGGUCCCAAAACGCCUAGGUCGACACCUACCCCAACACUUACACGGGCCGUUACACCAAAUGCCACUGAUGGAGUGGCGGCUAAGAGCAUGAGGGUUACACGGCACUCUUCGCCACUUCUUUUACUAAGCUCGCCUACAACCAGCAGGCGUGAGGUCGGCGACGGAGUGUUAGAAGCUGAGGAGCCGCCAACGGGAUCGGGUGGCCAAAGGAAGAGCUCUGUGGAGCGAACCAUGGCGCCCGUCAUACGCGGACGCAAGUCCAUUAAGGAUCUAAAAGAAGCCAAAGAAGUCAAGUCCGAGGAUGUGUCCGCAGUGGCAUCAGACUUGGGAGCUGCAACAGCUACAACGCCUGGGCAGGUCAGUGAGGGCAACGAACUAGAAUCCUUGCCGGCUACGGACAAAAAAGACCACAAAGAUAUAAAAGACAAGGAGGAUGAUCGAGAGAAAGAUAAACAGAAGGAUAUUCAGGAGAAUACAGAGAGAGAAAAAACUGCUGAAACUGAAACGAUUGCAGAGAAAGGAAAGUCUGCUGAAAAAGAAAAAAAUAUAGAGAAGGAAAAAGCUUCAGACAAAGAAAAAGAAAAAGAAGCAGAGAAAGAAAAGUCUAUCGAAUCAAAUAAAGAUACGGAUAAAGAGAAGGAAAAGGUCAAGGAAACGGUGACUCCAGUGUUGCCAAUAGCGCCAGUGGCAACUACUAGCAACCGCGUCACUCGCAAGUCGCAUGCGCAGGAGCAGGUGAUCAACACGCGGGUCACGCGCAAUCGUCGCCAAUCCUCUACUGUUGGAGCCAUUCCCUCAUCCUCCGCGGCCUUGGUAACCACAUCAGCCCCUCUUUCUGAGCAACCGCCCCCCGCUCGUGGGCGACGAAAGAAGACGGUGGCGGUAGCCCCACCAGUAGAGCCUGCGGUGAAAAGAAAGCGAUCCCAAGAUGCUGAAGCAGAUUCGGAGGCCACCAGCACUGCAAAAUACAGCAAGGUAGAGGUGGUAAAGACCGAGAGCAUAGAGGCGCCAGAUGAGGACUCCACUACUAUGGACAUAAAGCAAGAGCCUGUAGAUGCCAGCGAGGUCAGCUCUAUUUCUCCAUCAAUUACGCCCACGCCAACACCAACGCCAGCGCCUGCCCCAAUCUCGGGCGGUAGGCGGGGACGUGGGCGCCCACAGAGCAAAAAUUCCUCCUCGCCUGCUACCACCACUAGAGCCACUCGACUGAGCAAGGCGGGAUCCCCGGGUAUUCUGACGCCAGUUACCCAGGAACCAGUGCCACCGAAGCGGAGGAAGGUCGGCUCUAAUACAAGGAAGACUGCCUCGGCCAGCUCGCUGGCACCCAGCUCGCAGGGCGGUGCCGGGGACGAGGACUCUAAGGAUAGCAUGGCAUCGUCCAUGGACGACCUGCUAAUGGCUGCAGUGGACAUUAAACAGGAGAAGCUGACGCCGGACUUCGACGAUAGCCUGCUGCAAGAGAGCCUGCCUUCCACUUCUGGUACCUCGAGUGCCAACGGUCAUUCCUGCAUUGAACCGCUUACUGUGGAUACAGAAACCAUUAUUAAGCCCGCUUGCACCGAAGUGAAACCAAAGGAGUCACCGGCGGCAACAGUCGAGGAUUCGAAAUCGCAAUCCGAAACUCAAUCUGCUGCGUCGUCUGCAGCAGAAGGAAAGGCUCCAUCACUGAGUCCAGAGAUGAUAAGCGAGGGCGUGAGUGCGGUCAGUGUGCGGAAGUUUUACAAAAAGCCAGAGUUUCUGGAAAACAAUCUGGGCAUUGAAAAGGAUCCGGAGUUGGGAGAGAUCGUCCAGACGGUUAGCAGCAACAACACGGAAGCGAACGUUAAGCAGCAUGUUGACGGCCCGGUGAAUCAGGAGGAAAAUUUCAAGCCGCAAAUCGAAGUGUCCCAUGAAAAGGAAGAGGGGCAGGAUGAGGAGCAUACAUUUGAGCUGGAAAGGGGAAAGGAAUCAGUUGAUCGGCCAGAAACUAUCGGUGAAGAUCAUUCUGAAAUUCUAGCUGAUGUUCCGGUUGAAAUUCCAGCUGAAAUUACGGUAAAAAUUCUACCGGAAGCAGAAGGGGACUCAUGCUCGAAUAGCUCAGUGAAGGCAGGCGAGCUCCGUCUGGACGAGAGCACCGAUGGUCCUGACCCUGUGUUGCUGCUAGAUGAUGGCCUCAUAGUCAAUGGUGUUGAGGCACCUGAUCAACCAGAGGAAAAAGAGGAUCAGGUGGCGUUCUUCCAUUCGGAAGAGUACGAUGACUUUGAACAUGAGAUUAUGGAGGAGCUGACAAAAGAGGGGGUACUAGAUGCUAGUGGCAAUGCGCUAAGCCAAAAGGCAGAAAUUGAACAUACCGAGGAUGUAACUCUUCCUGAAUCGAAAACUGACGUAGAUGAAACUCUGACUGCCGGCGACGAAACAGUGGAAAGUGAUAAUUUUAAGGACACUUCACCCGCUGACGAAAUGGUGGCAAUGGAGGUGGAUGAAUCCUAUGUCGAUAUUAAACAACAGACAGACCAGCUCUUGGCGGAACACUUGGUAGAAGAGGCCACGGAUACAGUCAGCAGUCCUGAGGACAAUAAGGAGAACCUGUCCACAUCUGCUGCCAGCACCGCAACCGAUGGUCUGGAUAUCCAGCUGGCCCUCAAAGAAGAUGAUGACGAGGAGAAACCGCUUGCAGUGAUAGCUGGGACACAAAAACCAGAUUUGCUGUUGGCCAAGGAGAUGAAGGUGGAUGAGAAACAGAAUGGCAAACAGGAAACAAUUUGCGAUGAGCAGUUGCAGCUGCAGGAUAACCAUCAACAAAACUUGCGCCAGGAGCAGGAAAUUCAUUUGCAGAACCUGGGCCUACUCACACACCAGGCUGCUGAACAAAGAAGAAAGUUUCUGCUCGAGGCACAGGCUCGCCAGGCCCAAUUGCAGCAUCAGCAACAUCAUCAUAACCAGCACAAGCGUCAAGGAGCGCGGGGAGGAGGAAGUGCCACUCAUGUGGAAUCUAGCGGUACUUUGAAGACAGUCAUAAAGCUGAACCGGAGCAGCAAUGGAGGCGUGGGCGGCAGUGGAGGCCUCCCUACGGGGACAGUUAUCCAUGGCGGCAGUGGUUCCUCUUCAGCCUCUUCCACGUCCUCGUCCUCGGUAGGCAGCGCAACACGUAAAUCAAGUGGUGCCUUGGCCUCAGGAGCGGGAGCAGGAGGUGGAGUCCGCCGGCAAUCGCUCAAGAUGACAUUCCAGAAGGGUCGAGCUCGUGGCCACGGGACUACAGACCGAUCCGCCGACCAGUAUGGCGCUCACGCCGAGGAUUCCUACUACACCAUUCAGAACGAGAACGAAGGUGCGAAGAAGUUUAUUGUAACCUCGGGUAAUCCCGGCCGCAAGACCAAUAACCGUUUCAGCUCGACUAACAACCACGCCUCCACGGUAGCCUUGCACGGUAACAACUCUGUGGUUCAGUACUAUUCAUCACACUCGGAGAGUCAGGGACAGGCAGACCACGGCUUCUACCAGAUGGUUAAGAAGGACGAAAAAGAGAAGAUACUUAUUCCGGAGAAGGCCUCCUCGUUCAAGUUUCAUCCGGGAAGGCUGUGCGAAGACCAGUGCUACUACUGCAGCGGAAAGUUCGGUCUCUAUGAUACGCCCUGCCAUGUGGGUCAGAUCAAGUCCGUGGAACGCCAACAAAAGAUCCUAGCCAACGAAGAGAAGCUAACCGUCGAUAACUGCCUGUGCGACGCCUGUUUCAGACACGUGGAUCGCCGAGCGAAUGCACCAUCCUAUAAAAAACGUCUGUCGGCUCCAGGGCACUUGGAAACGGGCGUAGGUGGAUCAGCGGCGGCAGCUGCACUAGAGCACUUUGCCGGCGAUGGUGGCGUCAUUCAGGAGGGAACUGGAGAAGCAGGUUCAACAGCAACUGGUGCCGUUCAGCAUCGUCCCUGUGCCGUAAAGACCUGUGACGAAGCGGCAGGACAUUCGCUACGACGAAAGUGCAUCCGCAAGAGCGUGAAAAAGUUCCAGCUUAGCCUUGAGAUUCCCGCCGGCUCGUCGAUCGUGUGGCUAUGCGAGGUUCACUACAACACGAUAAUCCAAUUUUCUGGCUGCGUACUCUGCAAGCGGAGGUUGGGCAAAAACCAUAUGUAUAACAUAACAACGCAGGACACGGAUCGGCUGGAGAAGGCGCUGUCCGAGAUGGGCAUCCCAGUCCAGCUCGGUAUGGGCACCGCCGUCUGUAAGCUGUGCCGCUACUUUGCCAACCUGUUGAUGAAGCCCCCAGAUAGUACGAAGUCCCAAAAGGCGGAAUUCGUGAAGAAUUACAGGAAGAGGCUCCUUAAGGUGCAUAAUCUGCAGGAUGGUAGUCACGAGGUAUCGGAGGCGGAUGAAGAAGAGGCACCCAAUGUAACAGAGGCGGAUAAUGCGACCACUGAAGGCCAGGAGGAUGCAGAGAUGCCUAUGGUCGUAGACUUUGAUGGACCUACCGACUCCAAUUCCAGUAACUCUUCAACUGCAGCUCUUGACACCAGCAAGCAAAUGUCGAAGCUGCAGGCUAUUUUGCAGCAGAAUCUGGGAGCAGAUGCUGCAGGAGCAGCGGGAGCCGGGGCAGCCGCUGGAACUGGUGCCGGAGGAAGCGGUUCAGGAGCAGACAUCUCAAACGUGUUGCGCGGAAAUCCAAACAUCUCAAUGCGGGAACUGUUCCACGGCGAGGAGGAGUUGGGCGUGCAAUUCAAAGUGCCGUUUGGAUGCAGCAGCAGUCAGCGAACGCCAGAGGGCUGGAUACGGGUGCAGACUUUCCUUCAGUACGACGAGCCGACGCGCCGUCUCUGGGAGGAGCUUCAAAAGCCUUAUGGCAACCAAAGCUCAUUCCUGCGGCACUUAAUACUACUGGAAAAGUAUUACCGUAACGGUGAUCUUGUACUGGCACCGCACGCCUCCUCCAAUGCUUCCGUUUACACGGAAACGGUUCGCCAGCGUCUAAACUCCUUCGAUCACGGUCACUGCGGAGGAUUAGGCAGCACAGGCAGCUCUUCUUCAGGUUCCAACAAACGAAGCGGGAUUCCACAGCCCGCCGGUGCUAGUGUGCUGGCCACCGCCCUCACAACUCCCAUGUCUAGCCACUUGUCCUCAACAUCUAUAUCAACGGAACAGCUUGCGCCAGCUGAACCUGUAAUUCCGCUAGUCGAGCUCAACGAUGAUGAUGAAGGCGAGAAUGGGUCAGAAGGAGCGGGCGAUGGAGAGUCGAAUGCAAGGCAAGAGGAAUCACUUUUGGACAGCCUUGGCACAGUCUCGGUGGACAAGUUGACCAAGCAGCUAAGCUCGAACGCGGUAACGAUUAUCGCCCGCCCUAAAGACAAAUCGCAGGUCUCGUCUAACAGUGGAUCCGCGACGUCCAUUUCAAGCUCCUCGUCCGCGGUUUCGUCGCCAGAGGAAGUGGCUGUUACUAAGAUUACCGCAGUCGCGCCCGCUCAAUCCAAGGAUGCCCCACCACUGGUGCCCGCAGGUGGCAAUGUUGGCAACAGUCGCAGUAUCCUGAAGACCAAUCUUCUGGGUAUGAGCAAGGCCGUGGAAAUAGUGCCGUUGGCGCCCGCCUCCCACACAUCCACAUCCACAUCAUCCACUGCUGCAUCUAAGAACUUCCUUACAUCCAUCGCCUCACUGGCGAACAAGUCAACGGCAUGCCAUAUACCCGACAAGCAGCAAAAGAUUCUCGAAGUGGCCAAUAAGCUCCUCAGCAGCCAAGGGGAACCUGCUACCACCGCCUUGCUCAGUCUGCAGACAAAGCUGAAGCCUCCAAUGCAUCAGACACAAGCCGCGGGAUCAGGAGCGGGAACUAGUGGUCCCCAGAAACCUGGUGUGGCCCAAUUGCUAAGUUCUCCACCAGAGCUUAUUAGCUUACACCGAAGGCGAACGAGCGGUGCAACAACGGCGACCAACAGCUUGCUUGGCAAUCUUACGGGCAAAAGAUUGCAACUUCCACGAACUGGAGCAGGGCCUUCAGCAGGAGCAGGAACGGGCACUGGAGCAGCAGGAAGCCGGGGCGCUGGGGGACAACCUCCGCCGAACGUGGUCAUACUCCCGGAUACCUUAACCGCGCAGGAGAGGCAUGAAAGCAAAAGCUGGAAACCUACGCUGAUUCCGCUGGAGGAUCAGCACAAGGUACCAAACAAGUCGCAUGCUCUCUACCAGACCGCCGACGGUCGUAGGCUACCUGCUCUUGUGCAGGUGCAGUCUGGUGGCAAGCCAUACCUCAUCUCCAUCUUCGACUACAACCGUAUGUGCAUCUUGCGCAGGGAAAAACUGCUGCGAGACCAGAUGCUGAAGGCCAACGCCAAGCAAAAGACGCAGAACCAGCAACAGCAGCAGGGCCAGACGCAUCAACAACAGCAGAACUCCGCCGCGUCGGCUGCUGCUUUCUCGAACAUGGUUAAGCUGGCUCAGCAACACACUGCCCGCCAACAGCUACAGCAGUUGCAGCAGAAGCAGCAGCAACAGCAACAACAACAAUUGCCCACUUUGCAGCCAGGUGGAGCAGCAGGAGCGGGUAUAAGACUUGCCCGGCUGGCACCUAAGCCAAUGCCUCCGCUAACUAAUCCGCAGAUCGGCAGCCAGGCGCCCAACUUCCAGCCGUUGCUGACCAAUCCAAUGGACAACAGUAACAGCUCCUGGCUGUGGAAGAACUUUCCCGAUCCCAAUCAGUACCUGCUCAAUGGAAAUGGGGGAGGUGCUGCGAGUUCCGCUAGCAAGUUGCCUCAUCUCACCGCCAAACCUGCCACCGCAACGAGUAGCGGUGCGUCUGUCAACAAAUCGGCAGCAACAAUGUUUACCCUCAAGCAGCAGCAACAACAGAUGCAUCAACAGAAGCUUAUCGAGAAUGCUAUAAUGUCGAAGAUACCCAAAAGUCUGACAGUAAUCCCACAACAGUUGGGCGGCAACACCGGUGGCGACUUGGGGGGCAGCAGCACCCCGGCAAGGAUUGAUGACGGCGAAAGAGGCCGCCAUGGCCAAGAGGAACAGCAGUGGCGGGUCCCCGGCGAAGCAGCAGGAUCAAUAAGCAGGCGGCCAGCAGCUUAAACGGCGAGUUUCCAAGCAAGAGGUGAUUUGCGGCGACUCCAUGGAUAUCACAAACUCCAAAAUUGCAUGGCUGAAGUAAAAUAAGUGAUAAAUCUAAAAAAAAAAGAAACAAAACAAAAUGGACGGACAGAGAUGAAACAGAUGAGGAAUCAAGAUAAUUUUAGGAUUACACAACGUUAACUGUGUGUAAUCAAGAUACGGUUACGAAUACGAUUAUAUUAUAAGUUAAACCCACUAGUUAGGCACUUGAGCCGAUACCACAUAUGCAUCAAAUGAUAGAACAGUUUGAGAUGAAGAUGGAGAUGUCGAUUCGGAGCGAAUGAGGAUACGGAAAUGGAUAGAUAGAGAUACCGACACACCUUACUCUUAACUAUGCUACUCUAUUAAUGUAGACUUACACUAUAUUUUUUUAAUUAGAUUUACGGGCAUAUUAACUUGCGAUUCGUGUAUUAUAGAUACCAAAAUUGCUAGAGCUAAACGGUUUAUAGAUUUGUAAGUGACCCCAAAAAACACAUAAACAUACUGCUACACCAAUACACUCACACCUACACACACACACACUACUUUAAGAGAGAAUGCAGCACAAAAGUAUAGUUAGUAGCCUAGGAGUUAUGCUAACUCUUUACGAUGCUGCUGAUCCCAGGAUCGGAAACGUAAGCCGUAAACCCUGGAGCCCCAGUUCUUGAAGGAAUCCCAAUCAUCCCAGGAGCAUUUUCAGCACACUAAACACACACACACUUAGCAGAUAUAAAUUAAAUAUCGCACAUAGAAUACGAUUCGUUUGACCGGAUUCCUAUUUCAUAACCAUUUUGUAUUUAAUUUAUACAUCUUUAAAGUUCGCCACCGACCCCCCACUCACUCACACUCAGAUACAGAUAAUUAUAAACCCUUAAACUGUAAAUAUUUUAAUGGAAACAACAGAUAAAUACAAAAACUACAAAAUA